AUGCUCACAAACUGCGUAUUCCUUUUAAUUGCUGUCACCACGGUCGCCGCUACACUUCCCGCUUGUACGAAAUGUCCGGUUGGAGGCAUUUGGUCAAACUGGAAAGAUUACACGAGUUGCUCCGAUGUUUGCGGCUUAUUCGGGAAAAAAGUGCAAACGAGAACGUGCACUUCUUGGAGCAAAGGAUGUUCGUGCACUGGCGCCUUUUCGCGAGUCAUUCCGUGUGCUCCAGCUGUAUGCGCUCCGCCGCGGGCUGUCUGCAAAACGGGCUACACGCAGUAUACAAACAGCGUCACAAAGCAAAAACUUUGCGGCAACGUGUCCCGAAGUGACAACUAUGUGGCACCGAAAUGCACGCUGAACAAAGUGUUCAAUCAGUGCCCGUGCCCAGCAGGAGGUCUUUGGACUGAAUGGUCCGACUCGGGCACCUGCAAUGCGACUUGUGGCCUUUGUGGAACGGUGACGCAAAAGAGGACCUGCCGAUCGACGAGCUAUGGAUGUGCGUGCACUGGCGCAGCGACACAAAAAGCCUUUUGUAAGGCGACUCCGUGCUCUACUGGAAGCGCUUGUUGCAAUGGGAACCAAGUGGUGAAGAACCUUGUUUCUGGUGCCAAUCAGUGUGGAGUUCAACUGGGCCCCAAUCAGCUUCUCCCAUUGCCCACGUGUCCAAAGACAACAACGGCCAAACCCAAGACAACUACAAAGGCAAAAAAUUGCUUAUCGUGUACGUUGGCAGAACUGAACGCGUUGAAUGGGCACGGCACCGGUUUCUACACUCAAGGAGGUGUCAUUGUCGAUGGUGUCUCGGGUUGUAAUAUUUGUGGAUGGAGCUGUAACACGACCACUUCGAUGGUUUCCUUCAAAGUUGUGGGCACCGAUUUGACUACAGUAAUUCGAAAUGACAACACUCAUUGUGGAUAUAUCAACAACGAUAACGAUGGACGAUAUCAAUGCUCAGCUAAAGGUGUCUGGCAAUUCAAGACGGCAGCUGGCGUGUACACAGAUAUGGGCAAGUACACGUGUUCCAAGGGCGCCGCCUGUCCGACCACCACAACCACAACCACAACCACAACUACAACUACAACUACAACCACAACACCGAGAAAUUGCUUAUCGUGUACGUUGGCUGAGCUGAAUGCGUUGAACGGGAAUGGAGACGGUUUCUAUUUCCAGGGAAAUGUCAUUGUCGAUGGUAUCUCGGGUUGUAAUAUUUGUGGAUGGAGCUGUAACACGACCACCUCAAUGGUAUCUUGGGAAGUCCUGGGCACCGAUUUGAGCACAGUAAUUUUGAAUGACAACACUCAUUGCGGAUAUAUCAACAACGAUAACGAUGGACGGUAUCAGUGCUCGCCGCAAGGUGUAUGGCAAUUCAAGGCGAGUACUGGUGUGUACACAGAUAUGGGCAAGUACACAUGCUCAAAGGGUGCUGCCUGUCCAACCACUACAACCACCACAACGACACUUCCAGCUUGUCAAUCGUGCUCGCAAAACUUGGACACGCUCACCGGGACCUCGGACGGAACGAUGACUUUCUCGUAUUCAACAGACUCCUCUACAAACUGUUUGAUUGCCAAUUGGACUUGUGCCGAUCCGGGUAACAAUAUGUACUUCUAUGUGGACAAUAUUGAAGAGAUUGGAAUUGGAUGUGAUACGAUAACACCAACUGGAUCGAAUUCGGAAGAUGUUUUCAAAUGUGCUUCCGAUGGAACGUGGUCUCUUGGAACGGCGACGGACGUUCAAAAGAUCUCGUGCACCACACUUGGAAGUUGC